CCAAUGCACUGCAGUCUAGGACUAGUAUUUAUACUUUUAUGUCAUGACCUCAACCACAGAGUAUGCCAUAGCACGCAGCUACUACAUGUAACGUAUGCAGCCCCUCAAACAGGAGUAAUGCGAGAUAUUUGGACCUUUCCUGAGACGUCAUGUUAUGAUGUCUAUUGUUGGUUGAACUAGUGACCUGGCAAACAGAUUAUCAUACUUUCUUAGUGGAAGUGGAGUGUCAACAUCAUGCACAGCCAUUGGAGAGAUUGUCAGGAGUGGUCCAAAAUUGGACUGCCUCUGUCAACAACGAGCAACGAAGCCUGUAAGAUGUACGAUGCUACAGUAACACAGUAUGUGGGGUGGUAUCAGGAUGACAGUGUUGGAGGUAUGGAGGGGUCGAUGACCAAAAUGAUGCAAGCAGACCCAGACUUUGUCAUGGGGAAGCUGAUCGGUGCCUGGUUUCGGCUUGGCGGGAAGUCAGUCCAUACAGAUGAGAAUCUGAAGCAGUACGUGGAAGACUUGGUCCGGUCCUCGCAAUCUAACAGCCUAACCUCGCGGGAAAAACAACACGUGGAUGCCAUACAACUAUGGGCUGAAAGGGACAUGCAAGGUGCCUGUAGAAUGUGGGAGAACAUUCUGUUAGAACAUCCGACUGACAUGCUGGCUGUGAAGUUUGCCCAGAUGUCUUACUUUGGCCUUGGGGAGCGAGUACAGAUGAGAGACUCGGUCUUAAGGGUGCUACCUGCAUGGAAGCCUACCAUGCCACUGUAUGGCUACUUGCAUGGAAUGGAGGCAUUUGGUCUGGUACAAACCAACUUUUACAAACAAGCAGAACAAGCUGGUCGAAAGGCCCUUGAGCUGAACCCUAAGGAUAUCUGGGGACGACAUGCCAUCUGUCAUGUGAUGGAGAUGGAGGGCAGACAGAAGGAAGGGAUCGCAUUCUUGUCCAGCAGUGUAAACGACUGGAAUAAACACUCCCUUACUGGCCAUUGCUACUGGCACUGGGCCCUGUACCACAUGGAGAGGGGAGAAUACCAUGCAGCGCUGGACAUCUAUGACACCCAUUACAGGGGCAGGAAAGACAACUACCUAGCCGACCCCUGCUCACUGCUCUUCAGACUCAAUAUGGAAGGCGUGGAUGUGGCAGAUAGGUGGGACGACACCUAUGACAUGUGCAAACCUUUCCUGGAUGAACGGAUCACCGUCUUCAACGAUGUUCACGUCCUUCUGUCCUGUCUGGGGGCCAAGCAGCAGGACUCCACCAAGAAGCUGAUGGAGUCUCUCAGAAGUUUUGUCAGUGAAGAGGGAAGUCAGUCAGUUGUUGCUAAGGAGGUGGGAGUUCCUGUUUGUGAAGCUCUUGUAGCUUAUGACGAGGGAGACUACGCCAGAGCUGUGGACCUCGUGGCGCCCGUGCGGUACCGGGUGGGAUCCAUAGGGGGCAGUAAUGCACAGCUGGAUGUUAUUCGCCUGUUCCUGAUCAACGCUGCCAUCAGGUCACCCAACAAACAGCACCAGAACUUAGCCAGAGCCCUUUUGGUGGAGAGGAAGGCGCUGAAGGACAACUCCCCGCUCACAGACCGCCUGAUGGCAGCGGCAGCAGCAGCUUUGCCUUUGUAAAACUCAUUUAUUAGGCUAUUCUCACAGACUUAAAGGUCAUGUUGAUUUGAUUAUAUGGAUGACAUGAUAGGUGAAUUGGA